AUGCCUCUCAGGACCACAAAAUGUGGUGAUGGAGUUGAUCCGUACGUGUCUGACUUGAGCAACCGCACCCUGCGUGUGGUCACUAUCGCGGCGGAUGGCUUCGUACUGAUAUCAGAUGUGGACAAAGACGGGAAUAACGUCACGGGGAACGACAGAUUUCAAGGAUUUUGUAUGGACUUGUUCUCAUGGAUUUCCACUGAACUUGGGUUCAAGUACGAGUACUAUGAAGUCGAAGACGGACAGUUCGGUAUCUACGACUCAAAAACUGGGAAAUGGAACGGGAUGAUUGGCGAUGUAUUGUAUGGGAAAGCAGACAUCGUUAUGGCACCUCUUUUCAUCACAUCAGAGAGACAGAAAGUUGGGGAUUUCACUCUUCCAUACUACGACAACGGAAUGGUGUUUGCUAUAAAGAAAACAGCAUCAAGAGGCAAUGAAGGUGACGUACCUGAUCAUGAUGUCAGAGAUGAGGACAAAGAGACAGGUUUCUGGGAAGCUGUGUGGCAGUCAUUCGUGGCUCUGGUUCAGCUGGGUCCGGAGUUCCUGCCUGCUUCAUUAUCAGGCCGCAUUUCUGCCUUUUUCUGGGGAAUCGGCAUACUUGUGGCCAUCUCUACUUACACCGCCAACCUGGCUGCUUUCCUGACUGUCAAGAACAUGGACAACUCGAUCAAUUCUGCGGAGGACCUCCUUGGACAGGACAUGUUGGGUGUGUUCGUGCUGGUGUAUGGGGGCAUGGCGUUGGCUCUCAUCGUGCUGAUUGGUGAAUUCAUCUACACAUGCGCUCAAGAUGCAAAGAAACCGGAUACCGAUGUGAGAGGAUAG